GGCUGCGGGAGCGUCUCGCGGAACCAUCUUCCUGUCUGUCUCUCCUCUCCAAUAAACUACAACCUUCUUCCCAAAGCAGUUGCCAUGUUUAUUCCCAGUUUGGAUGAACCACAGUGAAGACCUUUCUUCCAACAAUAGUGUACCACACAAAUGCGCACAUCUACACACAAAAAGAGGACUUAUCUGCUCGAGGACACUGGAAUCCUAUACCAGUUUUGGAAAAAUACACAAAGGGGAAACCAUUUGUACCUGUUUGCGUACAAAAUUAUUUCUUGGGGAGCGAGUUCUAAACGGUCAUCUGUGGUCCUGGUGGCUACGGGAUCGGUCCUAUGAAUGAAAAAGCGUUUGGAAAUGGUCUUUGUGAAUGAAAAGGCAUUUGAAGAUCCACAAGAUUCCUUGGACCCAUUUGGAAUUGUAUUACAAGACGGAGACAGAAUGGAGACACAACUUUUAGCAAAUGAAGCAACUGGAAAAGGCCCUCCAGUUAUUCAGCCUGGCAGCUGUGGGCAUAGCUGGACAAGAACUGGGCAAGAUAUCCUGGAGGAGGAAACCAUGGUCUGCUCAAAUGUUCAGCCCUGGAUCUUCAGGAGAGUCCAACAUCAGAAGGCUCCCCAAAGACUUUGCAGCCGACUCCACAACUUUUGUUGGCGAUGGUUGAGACCAGAAAAGCAUACUAAAGCCCAGAUGAUGGACCUGGUUGUUCUGGAGCAGUUCCUGGCCCGUCUGUCCCCAGAAAUGGAGAGCUGGGUGCUGGAGUGUGGAGCAGAAACCAGCUCCCAGGCGGUGGCCCUGGUUGAAAGCUUGCUUCUGAGCCAGGCGGAGGAGAAGAAAGAACAAGUCGACUUGCAGUCCUUCACUGGGGAGGUCAGAGAUCUAUCAAAUCCCUCUCAGAUGCUGCUUUUCAGGAGGAUCUCUCAGGAAGACCCAAGUCAAGAUACAUCAGGAGGAAAGAGUCAAGUGAAGUUGUCUGCUCUUUAUGAUGGAGAUGAAAUCGUGAUUAAACUUCCAACUCAAGAGGAUCUCGCGGCUUUCAAGGAGGUAGCUGUGUAUUUCUCCGAGGAGGAGUGGUCUCAGCUGGAUCCUGACCAAAAAGCGCUGCAUUGGGAAGUCAUGCUGGAAAAUUAUAGGAACGUGACCUCUCUGGGUAAUAAUGGGGAGGAGAAUCAAGAUAGCAGGGAACCAUUCCAAGUGAUCAGUCGUGGAGACAGAACAGAAAAGCUGGCAAAUCAGAUGGAAGUAAAAAGGAACGGUCAGACAGUUAUUGAGACAGGCGAGUGGCAGCCACCCCCUAUUAAAAGAGAAGAAGAAUUGGAAGUUGAUAGAUUUUCCCAGAACGGUCAGACAGUUAUUGAGACAGGCGAGUGGCAGCCACCCCCUAUUAAAAGAGAAGAAGAAUUGGAAGUUGAUAGAUUUUCCCAGAAUGGUCAGACAGUUAUUGAGACAGGCGAGUGGCAGCCACCCCCUUUUAAAAGAGAAGAAGAAUUGGAAGUUGAUAGAUUUUCCCAGAACGGUCAGAGAGCUAUUGAGACAGGCGAGUGGCAGCCCCCCCCUAUUAAAAGAGAAGAAGAAUUGGAAGUUGAUAGAUUUUCCCAGAACGGUCAGAGAGUUAUUGAGACAGGCGAGUGGCAGCCACCCCCUUUUAAAAGAGAAGAAGAAUUGGAAGUUGAUAGAUUUUCCCAGUAUGGUCAGAGAGUUAUUGAGACAGGCGAGUGGCAGCCACCCCCUUUUAAAAGAGAAGAAGAAUUGGAAGUUGAAAGAUUUUUCCAGAACGGUCAGAGAGCUAUUGAGACAGGCGAGUGGCAGCCACCCCCUUUUAAAAGAGAAGAAGAAUGGGAAGUUGAUAGAUUUUCCCAGAACGGUCAGAGAGUUAUUGAGACAGGCGAGUGGCAGCCACCCCCUUUUAAAAGAGAAGAAGAAUUGGAAGUUGAUAGAUUUUCCCAGAACGGUCAGAGAGUUAUUGAGACAGGCGAGUGGCAGCCACCCCCUAUUAAAAGAGAAGAAGAAUUGGAAGUUGAUAGAUUUUCCCAGAUCUGUGAGACAGUUAUUGAGAUAGGCGAGUGGCAGCCACCCCCUUCUAAAAGACAAAAAGGAUUGGAAGUUGUUAGAUUUUCCCAUAGGCCAACCAUGGAUAAAUCAUACAAGAAAAGAAAAAUUUCAGAAGAAAACAGAAAGUUUAAAGAUACAUGGGCAGAUUCAUUUGCUUUCACUACUGACAAGACUGGUUUACCAGUAUGUUUAAUAUGUGGUAAGAAAUUGGCAAACAACAAAAAGUCGAAUGUUGCAAGACAUUUCCAGAAGAAACACACAGCCUUUGCUGAAAAAUACCCGGAUGGAGAUGAGAGAAAAAAAGCCAUUUCGGAAUUGAUGCAGAUGGUUGAUCUGAGCAAGAAUCAUUUUAAGGAGUGUGUGAAGUCUGCAAAUUCAACUACAUAUGCUAGUUUUGUGGCCGCUCAGGAAAUAGUCAGGCACGGGAAGCCAUUCACAGAUGGAGAGUAUAUCAAGGAAUCAUUCAUUAAGAUUUCAGAACAUCUAUUCUCAGACUUCAAAAACAAGAGUGAACUUGUGCAGAAAAUCAGAGAUAUGCCUCUCUCUGCAAAGACUGUCAAAGACAGAACCAUAAAAAUGUCAGAAAACAUCACCAGACUGCAAAUUAACGACAUCAAUUCAGCUGUGGCAUACUCAAUCGCCUGUGAUGCAUCCAAAGACAAAGGUGAUAUUGAACAAAUAGCGCUGUUCUGCCGAUAUGUGAACUCUGUUGGGCCACAGGAAGAAAUGAUUGAGUUGAUACCACUAAAAGGCCAAACACGGGGGGAGGACAUCUGUGAGGUUGUCUUGGAUUAUUUAAGAGCCAAUGAAAUAAACACCACCCACCUGGUAUCAGUGGCUACUGAUGGGGCACCGAGUAUGACAGGAGCGCAGAAGGGCUUUGUGGCUUUACUGCAGAAGUCGCUGGGUAGAACGCUGCUAACGUUUCACUGCAUCCUGCACCAAGAGGCGUUGUGUGCUCAAACAUUUCCUCCGGAAUGCACAGAAGUGAUGAAUGUUGUCAUUCAGAUUGUCAAUAAAAUAAUGGCACAAGGUUUAAAUCACCGCCAGUUCUGUUUGCUACUAGAGGAGAUGGAAAGCACGUAUCCUGAUCUCCUGCUGCACGACAAAGUCCGGUGGCUGUCCAGAGGGAAGGUACUGAAAUGUUUUGUCGCGUGUCUGGAAGAGGUGAAAACUUACCUGGGCAGCAAAGGGCUCACCUUUCCUGAGCUGGAACAGCCAGAGUGGUUGGAAAAGCUACACUUCAUGGUCGAUAUGACAGCACACCUGAACACGCUGAACACAACUCUUCAGGGUAAAGGAGGCACAGCCCUGCACAUGCUUGAGGAAGUUUUGGCAUUUGAGCGCAAGUUGACAGUGUUUGCCAGAGAUUUACAGAGAGGUACACUGUCUCAUUUCCCCUGUUUGAGAGAGUUCAAACGAGGUCACGACAUGGUAAAUUCAGAGUAUUUGCAGUCUGCAAUCAUUGCAAUGCAAACAUCGUUUGGGAAGCGAUUCUGUGAGUUCAGAGAGGAAAAAAACACGUUAUCUUUCCCUAUCACUCCCCUGACCAUCGAUCCAUCUGCACUGAAUAUGACUGUAUUUCCAGGUGUAAGUCAACCCGAUCUUGAGAUGGAACUGGCCGACAUAGCCGACAAAGAUAUAUGGGUGUCCAAGUUCCAACGCUUGGCAGAUAAUCUUGAAGAUGUUGCCCGUCAGAAGGCCAGUCUUGCUCAGAAUCACAAAUGGAGUGAUAUUGAAAACCUUCCCAAACAGGACAAGCUUAUAUUCGAAACAUGGGAUACCAUCCCCAACACUUACAUGAACAUGAAAAAAUAUGCAUUUGGAGUCCUGUCGAUCUUCGGAUCCACAUACCUAUGUGAGCAGGUCUUCUCCAACUUGAACUAUAUUCAAAACAAAUAUUGCUCACACCUCAAAGACAACAGCUUGCAAUCCUGUUUGAAGCUGAAGGUGACGUCUUACAGCCCUGAUGUGCAGAUGCUGUGUGCUGAUGUUGAGAUGCAAACAUCACAUCAACCAGCUGACUGCACACUCCAGUACACGCAAUAAAAGGAUGACGGCACACAGAAGCAGACAGCAUUUUGAGUUUGCUGCAGGCGGAUAAGUUAAGUUUGCCUUUUUAUUUCAUAAAUAGGAGGAGGACUCAAAUAGACCUUGAGUAUUUUAUUUGAAUGUAACCUUCGACCCAACGUCUUUUUUUUGGGAGUUCAAAAUGUUUUUGUUGCGUGCUGAAAUAAAAAUUUAUUUUCUUUGUA